GCCCGUCGAGUCAUUAAAUCGCGCUUCCCUACCUACCUAGUACCUCCUCCUGGUAUAAAGUUCCCCCCGUUGCCAGAGAUCGACACGUUGUCAAUUCCCCCAGUGUCUGUUCAUACAAUGGCUCUUCUACACCUUGCCUCGCGGCGUCUGCCCGCUGCCAGGAAGCUGGUCCCUGAAAUCAACUCCGUGCUCCGUCCUCGGUUCACCGCAGUGCCCGUGCGGUCCUUGAGCGCGACAGCUGCUCCUCAAGCAAAGGAUAAAAGCUCCUUGCCUAACCCCGAUCCCACCGCCGAUUCCGCUUCCUCCUCUUUCAUCAAUGCUCAAACCCCGUUCAUGGUCCCCACCUACGUCCGGCCACCUCCGGUGAUGGUCAAGGGGCAGGGCAGCUAUCUCUGGGAUAUGGAGAACAGAAAGUACCUUGAUCUGACGUCUGGUAUUGCUGUCAACUCUCUUGGUCACUGUGACCCUGAGAUCGCAAAGAUCAUCGCCGAACAGUCCGAGAUCCUCAUCCACGCCUCGAACCUGUACUACAAUGCCUGGACCGGAGCCCUGAGCAAACUCUUGAUCGAGGUCACCCGCGAGUCCGGUGCCAUGCGUGACGCUUCCCAGGUGUUCAUCGCCAACUCCGGUACCGAGGCCAACGAGGCUGCCAUCAAGUUCGCCCGCAAGGUCGGUCGCUCGCGCGACCCCUCGGGCGCCAAGCACGAGCUCGUUUCCUUCCACAACUCCUUCCACGGCCGCACGAUGGGUGCCUUGUCCGCGACCCCCAACCCUAAGUACCAGACCCCCUUCUCGCCCAUGCUGCCGGGCUUCAAGUACGGAAACUACAACGACGUGGAGCAGCUCCAGACUCUCAUCACUGACAAGACCUGCGGUGUGAUCGUCGAGCCCAUCCAGGGUGAGGGCGGUGUCAACGUUGCCACCCCCGAGUUCCUGGUUGCUCUGCGCAAGCGUUGCGACGAGGUGGGCGCCGUCCUGAUCUUUGACGAGAUUCAGUGCGGUCUGUCCCGGACGGGCAGUCUCUGGGCGCACGGCCACCCUUCGCUGGCGCCCGCCUCCGGCGAGGCCGCUCACCCCGACAUCCUGACCACCGCGAAGGCGCUGGGCAACGGCUUCCCCAUCGGUGCCACCAUCAUCGCCGAGAAGACGGUUGCCUCGCACAUCAAGCCGGGCGACCACGGAACCACCUUCGGUGGUAACCCCCUGGCCUGCCGCGUCGCCCACCACAUCGUCAAGCGGUUGGCAGCGCCCGAGCUGCAGAAGCAGGUCGAGGACAAGUCGGCCGUGCUGCAGGCCGGCUUUGCUGCCCUCAAGCAGAAGCACCCGAACGUCAUCUCGCAGGUCCGCGGUCGCGGUCUGAUCCUGGGUGUGCAACUCACCCCCGAGUUCGGCGCCAAGGCUGGAGACUUGGUGGCGGCUGCGCGCGAGCGUGGCAUGCUGAUCAUCACCGCCGGUGAGGGCUGCAUCCGGUUCGUGCCUUCGUUGACGAUCACCGAGGAGCAGCUCAAGACGGGCCUGAAGAUCUUCGAGCAGGCCUUGGAGGCUGUGAUUGCUUAGAUAUGUGGAGUACAUGCUUAAUGAUCAUCGAAAAAAAGUUAGAGGUGACAGAAAGACUGCUGGCUCGGGAUUCUACACUAACCGCUCGCUGCGGGUCUGACCUGCCGCAACACUGCAUCUUGUUCUGAAGAUAUAUUUACAUCACCGUUUUUCUUUCCGGCUCAUAGCAUAGACGUGGGUUUAAUAGAAUGCAUAUCAGACAUUGUACCUGGUGAUGACAAUGGAGCUCGAGAAGUGACAUCUUCGGACGUGCUUCAGGUGCCGAAGCACAAGGCAGCAAGCAUAUUCAUCCGAGUAUCAUAGACCGGGGCUCCUACAUCGAUGCUCCGACUAGUCCGUCCUCCAGUGAGAGCCCGUCGUAGACUCACUAUCCUCACUUUCCCAGGCAACGACCAGCCAGCCCCAACCCAACUAGAACCCAUCACGCAAGCCGAGCAAAAAGAAAUAAACACUACUCAUUCCUACAUACGCAUCCGC